AUGGCUUCCUACAGGCCAUCUGCUCCCAGGCCAAAGGACCACGGGCACCCUGGCCCUCCUCUGCACGCCCCCGUGACCUGGCAUUCUUCUGGGGACGCCCUCGGGGUCACACCCUCAGAAAGCCCAGUAUUGACGAAUCGCAGCCCUACCAGCGUAACCCACGGCAACGGGGGAGAAAACUAUCUCAACCCUGAGACGGCGGAGAUGCUAGGAGUCUGUUUUGGAGUUGUUUUUCCGACUGCCAGAGUUUUCCACAGCAGUAGCAAGGAGUUUGAGAAAGCGCAAAGCUGGCUGUAA